AUGACGCCGGCGAGCGCCGCCGCCGCCGCCUUCGAGCGGCAGGACGCGCUGGUGGUGAGCGCGUCGUUCCUGCGCGCUGCGUUCGGCGGGGCGUCGGCCGUCUACUCGCUGCGGCUCGGCCAGCCCUGCACGUCCGUGGUGGUGGUGCACCUGCUGCUGCCCAGCGACGCCGUCGGCUCCGUGCGCCUCUCGUCCGACCGCUUGCGCUUCACGCCCGACAACUUCGGCCAGCCGCAGCUCGUGCGCGUGGAGGCGCUGGAGAACCACACGCAGUGGAGCGUCAUCUCGCACCGCCUCUUCAGCCUCGACAGGAGCUACGACCGCGCCCUGGCGCCCAGUGUGGUCGUGCACAUGGAGGCCACGCCCCUCGAGUGUCCGUUGCUCACGUUCGGCGGACUCACGACCAAGCGCAAGGCGGCGGCCAUGGGCUCCACGCACUCCAGGAGGCUCGACAUCUCGGUCGCGCUGCCAGAGGAGACGGGCAGCGAUGCAGCGGAGCAGGACGCCUCGUGGUGCGUGAGCCACUUGGCCAGCGGCUGCCAUUUCUCAGUCGCGGCCGUCGCGCAGCCCAGAGGGACGACGCUGCUCGCUUGGGGACUCAACUCUAACGGAGAGCUGGGCAACGGCACCAUGACGUCGUCUCCUACGCCGCAGAUGGUCGUCACCUUCCCCCUGCACUUCCAAAGGGAGCCGCUCAGCAUCGCGCACGUUUCGUGCGGGAAGCACCACGUUGCAGUGAUCACAGGCCAGGCCAGGCUGUUCACGUGGGGUAGCAACAAGUACGGACAGCUUGGACUGGGGGACUUUUCGUCGCGUACGCAGCCGGAAGAAGUGCACUUUGCGCUGGCGACGCUCAGCUCGCACCGACGAGCGCUGCGUGUGAUGCACACGGUGCAACACGGAGGAAACAACGUCACCCACGUGGCAUGCGGAGCGGCGCACACGCUUUUCGUCACUCAUCAGCAGCAAAUUCUUGGCAUGGGUUACAACCAAGCGGGUCAACUGGGCCUGGGGCAUCGUCUUCAGCAGUACAAGGGUUGGCGAAGCUGUACUCCGAUAACAGUCGAAUCGCUCCGUGACCAAAGCAUUCUCGAUCUCGGAGCCGGCCAGAACCAUAGUGCGUGCGUUCUCAGCAACGGCGAUGUCUACACCUGGGGGUGCGGUGACGAUGGCAGGCUAGGAGAUGGCAAGCUUGGCGAAGGUGUAGCAGUCCCGACUCUAAUACCGCUGCUGCGAGAGGCUUCCAUCCGCGCUCGGACAGUCCGCUGUGGUGCGAGGCACAUGGCUGUGAUAUCUGACAGCGACUUGCUGUACAUUUGGGGGGCCAACGACUUCGGACAACUGGGCUGUAAGGACCGAAAGCCACGCUCUCAGCCGUUCUUGCUUGCUACCCCGCCACUUUUUGCUGAGGGUGUCGAGGAUGUGGCGCUGGGCGAGUUCCAUACGACAUGCGUGACGUCUGCAGGGAAAGCUUACACGUGGGGGCUGAAUCUGAGGGACAACAGCGCAUUGGUUGCAUCGCACCAUACUCCCCAGGCCAUCGAUCUCCCCGAGAAGGAGCGAGUCAGAAAGGUUUCGUGCGGAUGGACUCAUACGGACAUCGUCACGCAUAUUAAUGCAGAGGAGGCGAGUGCUUCAGGACAGGGGACCAACUUUGACAGGAAAAUCGAGCGAGAACGAAUGACACAACGCAAGGCCGAAGUGGCUCGCUGGAGAGCAUUUGUUGCAGCUAAAAUGGCGUCUACUUCUCACAAAGGGAAACGAGGGUCUCCUCGUAGCGACGAAAACCACUUACCUCUCGAAGAAAUUGGGGUGGAUACGAAAGCGCAAGCAAGCAAGGUAUCAGCUCCAACCGCUGAAUGCCCUUUUCACCCGACGCACCAGGUGCAGGAGACCACGAGCCUGUCAGAGAAACUUGUCGUCGCGUAUGCUGAUCAGGGCAUGAAGGAGGCCGUGAAAAAUGUGGCCCAGCUAUUCCAUCUUGCUCAAAGAAACCUCGUCAGGAAUACUCGACGCAAGCAGGGUACCAACCGCGCUGAACGACAGUCACUUCAAGUAAAAGGAAUCUUCUACCAGAAUUCUCUGCGGCCGCCCAAAGUGCCAGCAGCGACCGCCUUCUCUCCUUCAUCCAUGUCUUCUGCUCGAAAGCUUUGGAGUGCAGCCGUCGGAGUAUCGCCCGAUCCGGACUGGCACCCGGCAGGAGAUCGGGCCGCCAUGGCGGACGCGUAUCGCUCGAAAGCGUCGGCCUCCAGCUCGAUGCACGCAGCGUACGGUGCGAAAGGAAAGCCAUCGCGCGUGACAGCGCCCAAGAACCAGCAGCCACCGGGGGCUGCUCAGACUUCUUCAGUCUUGCCUCGAAUCGAUCGUCGCGGAGAAUUGCCCCAGAAGCCGAACGCUCCGUCGGUGCUGCAGUCGCCCAGCUCAACUGCGAAGAAUGGCGGGCUGUCAAUUCUGCUUCCUCCCAGACGACCAUCCUCCAAAGAAGCGACUCCCGGCGAGGACAGCUCUCCGACGUUCCAUGGGGACGAGCUCGAGGGGCCCAAUGCCAAAGCGGCUUGGUGCACUCCACGGAAUCCCGCGCCAGAAGUCCCCACUGGGUCCCAGGUCGCGUCAUUCUUUGCGGCGCCCGAAGCGAACAACAGCUCGGACGGCCGCUCGACCGCAAUGCCGACUCCGCUGCGUCUGCAGUCCGUGGAAGACAGCAUCAACGCAAACGAAGAGCGCUAUCGAGUGGAUAUGGAGUUGCUGGAAGCGAACAACGCCAAGUUCUUCGAGAUCUCCAUGUCGGCAAACCAGCACCUGGAGCACAUGCACAACCUACUGCCGAAUAUCUCGGAGGUCGUUGACCAGACCACAUACGACCUGCAAAGCCUUUCGUCGGAUAUUGCUACGCUCCACCUGCAGCAUGAAAGCGCCAAGAACGACCUGGUCAAUCGCUUUGAAGCUGCGCUGGGCAACAACGCAGAGGAAAUGGUGGCCCUGUCGGAGGCACAUGUCAGCGAGAAGGCCCAAUUCGUCGACGCACACGAGCGUGAACUACGGAAAGCCGACGACGACUUUCGAGAAAAAGUCGCAGCGCUUGAAAAGAAGUACAACGCGAUGGAACAGAACUAUCUGAACGAGCUUCAAGGGCUUCGUCACGCGUCGAAGGCUCAAAUCCAGGCGCUUGAGGACUCGAAUCUGACAGAUAAAGAGGAGCGAGAACGAUCCGCCAAGGCUGCGCUUGAGGCGCUGGAGACCAAAGCCCAGGAGGAACUUGAUGACCUGCGCUCCCGAACCCAAGCAAAGUACGCAGAGCUCCAAGAGCGGUCCCAGAGCGAGUUUGCCGAGCUUCGGCGGACGUCCACGAAUGAGCUCGUAGCGGUGAAAGAAUCUUUGACGGCGGAAAUUGCAGCGCUCAAGCAGACGUCGGCUGCGAACCUGGCAGCGCUGGCGGAUAGGUCAGCGCGAGAGCUGCAAGAGCAUCGGGACCAAAGCGACGGAGCUCUUCAGCGACUCAAGCUUUUUUACGCGAAAGAACGAGAGAUUUUGCUCGAGAAAGCUUCGGAGGAAGUCGCGCGCUGGCGCAUGGUCGAGAUUGAGCAGUCGACUCGAAUGGAAGCCCGUCGGUGCCAAGAAACAGAGGCACUACGUGAAGAGCUCGCAGUUACCAGCAAAGACUUUGUCGCACAGAUUCAAGAACUUCACCAGCUCUACUCGUCGGAGAUACAAACUUUGAGAGCGAUGUCCGAGAGCGAGAAGAACUCGUUGCUGCAGACCCACGCGUCUGAGACUGAAAGUAUCAAGGCUGCUGCUGGUCUGGAGCUUUCGCAGACGAUAUCAACGUACGAAGAGCGACUGCACUCGAUAGCCGAAGCGCACGCGGUAGAAGUGGCCCAGAAGGAGGAGCAUUCAGCCAAAGCGAGAGAGACUUUGAUCGCCAAGUACGAGUCGGAGCUGGAGGCGCUUCGAAGCGAGCGGGUGCGUGAAAGGGAUGCGUUAGUCCUCCACUACGAGACGGAGCUCGAAGCUCUCAAGCAAGCGAGCAGAGAGGAGCACGGCAGAAAUGCAAAGCUCCACGAAGUGCAAGUCGCGCAGUUGCGGGACGCGCACGCGUCCAGGGUCUUGACUCUGGAGAUGGCAAUGCGCGAGCAAAGCAAGCAGGCAGAAGACACAAUGGGCGAGAAAGACACCGAGCUAGAACGCAGACAAACACGCAUCGAUGCGCUGGAAGCCGACGGGAUUGCGCUGAGGGAACAGCACGAGCAGCACGUUGAGCGAUCUCUGGAGCUUGUGGAGCAAAAGGAUAUGGCUCUCUGUGAGCUGGAAGAAGAGAUCUGGCGUCUUGGCCAGCUGAACGUGGAGAAGAGCACUCAGCUAGACAGCACCACCCGCGCGCUAAAGGCUGCCGAGGAAGACCUCCAGGUGAAGGCAAACACCAUCCUGGAGCUCACGUUCGUCAUCAAGAGCCGCGACGACGAGAUCGAGAAACUGCGCAACGCGUUGCUGGACACGGUGCAAACGGUGAACACGAAGACCGAGAUCCUGGAGCUUACCACGGAGACGCUGUCUUCCAAGGCCAAGGAGCUGGAAGCUACCAAGAACGCGCUCCGUCUUGAGUCUGGCAAGCUGUCGAUGGUGGAGGAGUCGAUGCACCAGAAGGUGGGCUUGCUAGAGAACACCGAGCUCAAGAUGGAGAGCAUGCGGCUCAACAUGGAGAACAUGCGGCUGGAGAUGAAGCGGAUGCAGAUGGACAUGAAGCUGCAGCUGGAGCACACGGAGGGCGAGAUCGAGCUGAAGAACGGAGAGAUCCAUCGCCUCCACGGCACGCAGAGCGAGCUCAAGCAGAAGAACGAUUUCUGUCAGCAAACCGUCGAGAGGCUGGAGGAGUCUCUUGCGUUUGCUCAGCGCCAAGGAGAAGAGGCCCAGCGUCGCAUCGAGUUGCUGCGAGUGGAAGCCACGCAAGCCGCAGAGGAGAUGAAGAAGGUGUGCGACGACUUGCUGGGCAAAGAGCAGGAGCUCGUCAUUAUGACUAGAGAGAAGCAGACCGCCGUGUCGGACAAGCAGCGGCUGCAGAUCCAAUUCAACGACCUCACGAAUCUGGCCCAGACGCUGCAUGAGCAAGUGGAGCUCCGUACCAUGCAAGCGGAGGACGUUCAAUGCCAAUACCAGAAGCUCCUGGAGGAGACAGCAGCCGAAAAAGACGAGCGCUUGCGGUCCGAGAAGCACCUUCACAUGCUGGAGCUGUCGGCUGCCAAGGACAUGAUCCGGCACUUGGAAGGGGUCGAAGAGCGCCUGCGUGACGCAAACUCAACACUGCAGGGGGUAACCAGCGAGAAGCAGCAUCUAGAGAACGAGGUUCAGGGACUCAAUGAGACUCUGAGGAGAUACGAGGACACUGAUCGGCAACUCCACGCUGCAAACCACGAGGUCGAAGUCAAGAACAAUCUCAUUGAGGAGAAAGAAGAGGAGAUCGCUGGACUUCACGAACACAUCCACGCCUCUGAGAUCGAGACGCAGCAUCAGUUGGACAUGUCGAGGAUGGAGAUUGCGGACUCCUGGAGCAGAACCCACGAGCUCAUGUGCGUCAAGGACGAGGUGCUGCAGCAGAACAGCAGCUUAGAGGAGAGCCUCCAGAACCUCCGAGUCGAGAAGGAGCAGCUGAUACUUUCGUUUGGACAGGAGAAGAGGGACACCGUGAGUCGAGCAGAAGAUCUACAAGAGAAAGUAGCAGGCUUGCGGAAAGAGGGCGCUCGAGCCGCCAGUGAGAUAGCGGACCUGCAGCACGCGCUCAGCGAGAAGAAGAAGGAGCUGGCGUACUUGCAGGAAAACUUGGGAGACCAGACGACCGACACGCGGAAGAUCAAGAGCACGCUUGUAGCGCUGAGCAGUGCCCACUCUGAGCUCCAGUCUGAGUAUUCAUCGUUGAGCGAUCAGCGCGAGAAGGAGAAGAGAGAGAACGCGGACACGAUUCGAUCGCUGCAGCUGGACCUUGAGGGCAAAACCAAGGACUGCGAGGCGUUGCAGCAGUCGCUGGAUAUCCAGCGGCAGGAGCUUGACCUGCUGAUGGUGCAGCACGACAACUACGUCAUGCAGCUGACGGAUGGACACCGUAGUGAAGCUGUCCAGCUGAUCGAGAGUCACCGUGUGCAGCUUGCUCAGAUGGCAGAAGAACAUCUCGGCCAGAUCGCCUCGAUCACAGAGGACAACGCGGCCAGUGUCACCAGACUGAAAGAGGACCACCUGGAGCGGGUGAAUCGGAUGACUCAAGAGCACCAAAGCGAGAUCACACGGCUGACCAACGAAGCCUCUCGGCUGAUAGAAGAGCACCAGAGGGAGAUCUCUCGUCUGAACGAAGAGCAUAGCAGUGAGACUGCUCGACUGAAGCAAAGCCACCAAGAGAACGUUGAUCGCCUGACCGACGACCUGCACUACCAGGUCUCAGAGCUCACACUCGACCGCCUCAGUCUGAUCACUGAGCAGACGGAAGAGCUUGGCCGGCUUAAGAGAGAUCACGCUGAAGAAGUCACGAGUUUGAUGAGAGCCCACAGUACGCAGAUCGCCCAGCUAACCGAAGCCCACGACGAUGAAGUCGCUCGCUUAAUGGAAGCCAAUCGCAGCGAAAUCGUGCGUCUACGAGACGAGCACGACACAGAAGUCGCUCGUUUGGCUGAAGAGCAUCGCGGAGAGAUCGCAUCGCUAGAACAAUCGCACCGGACUGCAGUCGACCGACUGGCAGAAGCCCAUACCUACCAAGUCUCGGAGCUGACAGUAGAUCGCCUCAGUCAGAUCACGGAACAGAACGAAGAGCACAGCAGCAACGUCGCUCGUCUGAACGAAGCUCACGCCCGUCAAACUGCUCGUCUGGCUGAAGAGCACGCGCACGAAAUCGCUCAAAUGGUCGAAGGCCACUCACGAGAGAUUGAGCUGUUCAAGAAGAGCCACCAGGACGAGGUGGAUCGACUACACGACGAUCAACGCAUCCAAAUCUCCGAGAUGACGGUAGAUCGGCUGAGCCUCAUGGCCGAGCAGAACGAGACCCACGCCAGCGAGAUUGGGCGUCGGAAUGAACAGCACGCUACUGAAGUUGCUCGUAUGGCGGAAGAUCACGCGCUUGAGCUGGAGUCGCUCAAGAAACACCAUCAGGACCAAGUGGACCGACUGGCCGACGACCACCGCAACCAAAUCUCAGAGAUGACAGUCGAUAGACUCAGCCACGUCACUGAGCAGAGCGAGAGCCACGCCGGCGUGGUCGCCCAGCUUAAGGAAAGCCACGUCUGCGAAGUUGCUCGUCUGGUCCAAGAGCACAGCCACGAAGUGCAGUCUCUGAAGAGGAACUAUCGGGACGAAGUGGAUCGAUUGACCGGCGAGAUCCGCAGCCAAGUUUCGGGCCUGACCUUGGACCGCAUAAGCCUCAUCACGGAGCAAACCGAGCAGCGCAACAGCAAGAUCGCUCGACUGACGGGCGCUCACGCUCACGAACUCGAUCUGCUGAAGAAGACGCACGAAGACGAGGUGGGGCGACUGACGGACGAUCACUGCAGCCAGGUGUCGGGGCUGACGAUGGACAGCAUCAGCCACAUGACGGAGCAGACCGAAGGCCACCGCAGCGAGAUCGCUCAGUUGACCCAGGAGCACCAGAACGAGGUCGUUCAUCUGACCGAAGAACUUCGCGGUGAGAUUGCCCACCUCACCGACGAGCACCGCAGCGAAGUCGCACGGCUGAUCGAGGAACACCAUGGCGAAAUCAACGCCUUGACCGAAACCCAUCGCAACGAAGUGGCGCAGCUCAAGACGAACUACCAGGAGCAAGUGAACCAGCUCAUGGACGACCACAGCUACGAAGUUUCCGAGCUUACCGUCGAUCGCCUCAGCCACAUGACGGAGCAAACCGAAGAGCACCGUCACGAGGUGGCUCGGCUUGAGGGGGAUCGUGACAGCGAGAUUGCUCGGCUGGUAGAAGAUCACCGCAACCAGAUCGCCCAACUGGCUCAGGAGCAUCUUCUCCAGACAACGCAAAAGUCCGAAGACCACGCGAGUGCGAUCGCGCGUCUUGAGCAAAGCCACAAAAGCGAGAUCUCGCGACUAAAAGACGUCAACAGUAGUGAAGCUGCGCGAGUCACACUGGAGCACCUCAGUCAGAUCACGGAGCUGGAAGACAGCCAUCGCAUGGAGAUCGUUCAGCUGGAGGAAGACCGAGACGCGGAGCUCGCCCGAGUGAAGGAGGACCAUCGGAGUGAAGUGGAGCAGCUGAUUGGAGCUCAUCGGAGCUACGUGAACCAGCUACGAGCAGAGCACUACGACGGCUUUGGGCUCUUGCAGGAGGAGUACGAGGGCAAACUGAAGGAGAUCGACGCCAAUUUCGCCGACAAGAGCAGCAAAGAGCGCUCUGCCACUCGCCACGCAGAGAUGGAGAACGCGCAGCUUCGCGACCAGCACCAAGUGAAGACGCGCGCUCUAAACCAGCAGCAAAUGCUGCUGAAGCAGGCGGCCAAUGAGCAAAUACGCGUCGUGUGCGCGCACUCGCUGGAGCUGAUGACAGUGCGCGUGGCGCACCAGCACGAGAUCGAGUCGAUGACGAAGCUCGCCGCGCAGUCUGCGCAGUCCUUCAGCGAGCAACUCGCCACGCUCCGCUCCCGCAAGGCGCAGAUCGCAGCAGAACUGGCCCAAACGCUCGCGAGCAUGAAGCAGACGGAGGUGGAGCACACUCGCGCCGUCAUGGACAUGGAGGUGGCGCAUUCCCAAGCUCUGAGGGAGAAGAAGUCGGACCACGACCGAGCCGUGACGGAGAGAGAAUCGCAGCACGCUCAAACGCUCCUGGACAUGAAGCUGCAGCACAGCUCAGAGACGGAAGCUGCACGGCGGCUGGCUGAUGAACGAUACGAAAACGCCAUCGCAGAGCACAAGAAGGCGGUGGACGAGCUCAGUGAGACGUUUGCUCAAAACUUGGAGCUCGUGCGUCUGCGCCUGACAGAAGAGCACCUGACGAAGGUGAAUGAGCUGCUAGAGAGGUCGCGAGCGGAGGAAGCGCGGCAUGCAGCAACUCUAGCAGCUGCACGUGAGGAGUUGAGGGACAAGUUGAAUGCGCUGAAGAGUGUCGAGGAAGUCGUGGUGGCCUUGAAGAGUGAGAUCAAUGAGCUGCAGACCCAACUGCAGGAUAGGACGCAGGAGGUGGCGGAUCGUGAUGCGGUGGUGGCGGCGAAGAACGCGACGAUAGACAACGUCCGCAAAGAACUGAAUCUGUUGCUGGAGACGAGCAAGAGUACGCGCUCCAGCGAGCAAUUCGUCGCUUUGCUUCGACAACAGCUCGAGACGCACGUGAUGGAGGUCUACCACGUCGAGCUGAGUGAGCUCUCGAGCUUUGUGCUGGAAGAGGAGGGCGACUUGCUCGGGUGUUUGAAGGGCUUCUUCGCCAUGCGCUGCUACCGAGGCGUGGCUCCGCAGGGACCAGAUGGACGCCCCCAAUCGAACAAAGCUGUCGCCAGUGUUGACGACGUUCGUGCACGCUUGCAAGAGUACGACCGAGUCGUUGCUGCUCUUGAUGAGGUUCAAGGCUCCUCCAGCGACAAUAACUCGAGUAUUUCUUCGUCCCAGAAGAUUGCGUCUCUCCUGAGUGAGCUGAAGCGACUGAAGCUUCACGUGGGCAAAAUCUUCGUCUCCUCCGACCCAACCACCACCGAGAUCGAGAGCACCAGCUCAGACAUGUGGGUGCAGCUAUUAGAGAACCUUGUCGGGUUCUUCAACACGCUCGCGAUUCCCAAGGAUCUAGAGAAGGCUUUCGUGCGCAGUCGCCAGGUGCUCGACAUGCUGGAAGAGAACGAAAAGCUCAUGCUGGACGCACAGGCGAGCUGUUUGAAGAACGACAUCCAGUCCAUGGCAGACAUCGGAGGGCUAUUCACCACAAUCGACCAAGUGCUCGCUCGUGCCCACCGAGUCACAGGAAGCGACAAGUUCGUGAGACUCGGAGACUUGUUCGUUCUCUUUGAUGAAUGGGAAGAGCUUCACAAGGCGCUCGAUGAGGCGAACGGCGCCGCUGGUGAUAGCGCGCGAGAGUUCUCGGUGGACCAACAAGGGGCUUUGCCCGUGUUGACAACGGGCAACUACCUUCGAAGCGCUGAGAUCGUCGCUGCUAGAGAGGAGGCUGCAGCGUUUGUUCGACGCUGCAAGAGCGCGCUACUGCUCCCUUGUGACGAUAGUAAUUCGUCAACUAUUGACGACGUCGUUGAGGCGAUUGAGCAGCUGAUGCAGAUCGUGCAGCACUUUGAGCGGCUGCAGCCGAAACUCGGCAGUCCCCGCCGACAACCUGCCGCCUCCGACCCGCCACCGACGCUCGAGAACAAGGUGACGGCAGUGCUCGCCUUCGUGGAGGAGCUGCAGCUCAUGGCCGACUUCGCGCACAACAUCCUGAGCGCUGAGAGUAAGAACGAAGGCGAAGGCGAAAACGAGGAGCCAGGGAGCAACGAGAGCAGCAGAUCCAGUCUCGAGGCGCUUCGGGCUCUCACCAGAACUCCGUCCCCCGCCCCAACGCUCGAGGAGCUGCAGAUCGACGUUGAACUCGCUGCCGUCGACGAGGCGAUGCGAGGCUUUGACGACAGCGUCUGCGAGUUCUCCAACGAGGAGGGCGAGAGGCAGCGAGAGGCGUUCUUCUCCUCCUCCUUCCCCCCAACCGAAGAGAAAUCGUCGUCUCGAUCGCCGUCGCCCUUCCUGGCCGACUCCCUCAUGGACAUUUCGCUCGUCAUGAGCGACCACCAUCGACUGCUGUCGCAAACCGCUCGCUGGGUUGCGAAGUCGCGGCAAGGCGCGUCCAGGAGCCACGCGUUUAGUGUGGGCACGGAGAUCAGCCGCCUGGUCCGAGAGCACUGUGCGCUGCUGUCCCUGUCGCGCCGCUUGUUCAAGAUGAGGGAUCCUCGCCAAGAACUGGUCUCCCUUCUGGAAGGCGUGGCUCUGCUCGAGAGACUGGCAGCUCGACUGGCGCUCUUCCAGGUAAGAUCGGCUCGCGACACAGACGAGAUGAGCUCUCGCGACUCACUCGAUAGCGCAUCAAACCCGUCCGAGUCGGCGACAUCUCUGGGUAGGAGUGACGUUGACUCGAUCGAGUCGCUGUCGCGUCCUGUGUUGGCCUCUAUCGGAGAUAUGGCGCGGCACCUUCAAGACUACGACUACUUCCUACAGCAAGUGAAGGUUGACGACGGCCAGAUGAUGUUCCGUGAGAGUAAUUCUCCCGCUGCGAUCAACAUCGAGGCGCUCGUGCAGGAGAUCAACGAGCGAACGGCGCUCGUGGAGCAGAGCAAAGAGCUGCUUGGACUUGUAAACCCCACCCAGGAGCUGCCACCGUUCCUCAUCGGUGCGCUGGAAGUUCUUCGACAGGCGAAGCAGAUCCGCGAGUCCUCGUCCGUGCGCAUGGUUGAGAGCAGCUUGAAACCUGAGCAGCUUGAUCCCCAAGGGUUGGACACACGCGAUGAAGCUGAAGGGGCCGGUAGUAAUGGAGUCGAAGCUGUGCUGAGCGAGAUGGAUGCAGUGGUUGAAGACCUGCGCAGCUGUAGCGACAUCCUCGAGUGGCUGAAGGAAGUUCUUCCUCAGUCUGAAUCGGUGACCUCCGUCUCCGACUUGAAGGACCGCGUGACAGCAUUGCUGACUCAAGUCGAGACUUUGACGAGUGCCAACGCGGGCUUGACGGGAGAUAAGGCGGGUCUUCAAGUCGAGCUGGACGAGAUGCAGCAGAACCGAGACCAACUAGUGGAGGAAGCGUCGAAAGAGGGCGCACUGCUGCUGGAACUUGCCACUCUGCAGGCACAACAAGUCUCGCAAACGACAGUGCAAGAAACACAAAGGCCUCGACUGCAGCUGUUCCAGGAACUCAUCGAGCAGCAGCGACGAGUCUGCGAGAUCACGAAGCAGCGCACAGCAGACACGGAAGCUGAAGCUUCAUUCUUACGCCAGCAUGGACUUCUUGUUGAAGAAGACGGAGACGACGUAGGUAGCGGCGCAUUGACUGUGAGCACACGGAUUGACGUCUACAACCGAUUGUUGGAAUGUGCAGCCACGUUGCGAUCGGAGAAGAGUGAGAUGGAGGCCAAGCUCACCGCCGAGAAGGUUGAAAUGGAGACGGCACUACGAGAAGAGAAAGAUGCACUGGAAGCUUCGCUAAAGGCCGAGAGAAACGCAGUCGAAGCCUCUCUCAAGACCGAGAAAACCACGAUAGAGUCUUCUCUAACGGCCGAGAAAAUCACCCUUGAAGCCACGCUGAGAGCUGAGAAGAGCGCAAUCGAAGCCUCGCUCAAAGAAGAGAAGAGCGCAAUUGAAGCCUCACUCAGGGAGGAGAUUCGACGCCAAACCGAGAGGCUUGAGACGGUCGAGGGAGAGCUGGACGAAACUCGACUGCAAAUGGAGAGCGCACUGGCUGAGGAGCGAGCUUAUCUGGAGUCGAAGGAGGUUUUCUCUUCGCUCGUGGACGUCGGCCACAAUGGCGAGUUCUCACGUAUGAAAGUGUACGCGCAGCUCCAUGACGAAAUCAACAAGUUGCUCGACGCAAAGCAGGCGGUUGAAAGCUGCGCAGCGCACGAGUACAAGUUCCUCCAAGAGAACGACCUGCUGUCUCCAAACACCGACAGUACUACAGAUCCUACUGUUCCAGCAACGUUGGAGCUGUCUUCAAUCCGCCUAGACGUGUUCAAGCGUCUCGUAGACUCACUAGCUCGCUUACGCCAAAGCGACGAUGACCUCGCGCAGGAGAACCGCUUCCUGCAAGGCACAAGCUUGGCGUUUGAUCCUGAUGAGCCCCAGAAAUCGCGACUUGCCGUGUAUGAAACUCUUCUUGCAGGCCAGAAUGCGCUGGUCGAGGAGAAGUUGGAGCGCGAAGUAGCCGCAGAGAGUGAGAAAGCGUUCCUCGCUUCUCACGGCAUCACCGACUUUGCCAAUACCAUGGACAUCUACGAACAGUUCGUGGGUGCACGAAAGCAACUCGCUGAUCUCGCAGCACAGAUGAGCGAGGAGCUCCAGUUCCUAGCGGAGAGUCACCUCUACUCGUGUGAUGAUGCCGAUGACGGAGCUGCGAGUCUCAUGACUCCGUUUUCGUCUUCCUUUAGGCUGUUGGUGUAUCGCAAACUCAUGCAGGUCGAGGCUCAAGCUCGUGAAGCUAACCGACUGCUGAAAGAAGAGAUGGAGCAGCAAUUGUCUCGACAGAUAGCGGCCGAUCAAUCCGUAAUUGCCUCGCUAACUGCGAAGGUGGAGCGGCUAGAAGCUUCCCUCAUGGCGUGGCAGGAGUCGGCGUACGCCUCUCAGCGUGAAUGGGACAGGAUGCUGCUGGAGGAGCAGGACAAGCGCCGAGCCUUGAGCCGACACCACGAGGACGCUCAAAAGCAGGGGGCUCGUGCCAUGGAAGAGGUCACCAAGGCCCGCGACAGUGCGGUGGCGCUAGCGUCUGCUACGCACGCUGAAGCUCUGGCGCAAGCAACCCUGGAGCACGAAAGGCGACUGGCUGCGGAGCUUCACAGGCAGGCCCAACAGCUAGAACUCGCUGCCUUCGUAUAUGCUGAAAACGAGACGCACAAGCAGACCAGUGAUGUUUGCGUCUCUGAUGCGUCCCCGUCGAUUUCAGCUGCUCAGACGCGCGCCCAGCUACUGGAGAAGUUCGCGAAGCGAGAUACGACGGCAAUCAGCAUGAUCUACAAGGCAAUUCGCUUGACCACAGACAUCCUGAGCGCAGCACCAGCAGCACCGGCAGCGACAGCGUCGCGUGCUGUGUCCGGCAACGCGUCAGCAGAAGUCUCCACGGACAUCACUCAGACUGUGCUAGCCUGCGUGAAGGAGCUCAAGACACUGAAGGAGUUCUUGGUGCAGUCACUGGAGCAGGUUGCGAGAGACGACGACCAGGUGCCUCCUCCAUUCACGAAAGCACCGUUCGCCAAGUGGAUGGCGGACGCCGUCACUCGAGCUACAGCCGCCAAGGAAUGUGCGAUCGAUCUGGCGCUCUGCUCACAUCGAGAGUUCAUGAGCUUCGCCGAGAUCCAGUUGCUCACUCGGCAAGAAGACGCGGAGAAGGCCCUGGCCCGCGUGUAUGACAAAGUGAAAGCGGCAGCAGUCAGCGGGGGCUUCACCGUUGAUCAGGAAAAGCUGCUAGCUCUGGAGCUGGAGGUCACUCGCGAAAGAGAAGCUCGAGAAAGCGUGGCCUGCAAGUUCCGACUCAACGAAGAGUACUACCGGCGGCUGCUUGACGAGCGCAAGGAGAUGGAAAUCGCGCAGGCUGCGACGGUGCAGGAGCUUCGAAAAGAGUGCAAGGCACUGAGACUGAAGCUUGAGAAGCUGGAGCAGCAGAUCCAGCAGCAGCCUGUGCUCCCGCAGUUCCGGCCACCAUCCAGCAACACGUACACCUCCUCUCCGCGAGCUUCGGUGAUGUCGCCACAAACCCCUCGCGUCCUGAAAAGUGCGGUGGUCUCCACUGUCCCGAUGCCCAUGCGACCGGAGCGUCCGCGCGGAGGUGGAAGCGCUCACAAGGAGCGCUACGUGAGCGAUCUCGAGCGAGAAACGGGUCAGCGUCGUACGAGCACAGCGACUCGCCGUUAUAACGACUGGAAAGCUCGUGAAGAAGUAAUUGCCGAGAAUCCUGGGUCCCAGCUCGAGCAGGACUUCCGAGCCAUGCAAGCAGCAAUAACGUCGCAUCACGCUCCAGCAAUGGAGCCCGUCGUCCCGACGGCGAUGGCUGCACCAGCCACCGCCCCGGGUUCAUCGUUGCAAAACCAAGAGCUCUGGUACCAAGGCGUGCGCUCGAUCCACUACGUGUCCUUCUUCAUCUCCAUCUUCCACGUCCCUCGACAGCAGCUCUUCCGGGUGGAGGUCUUCAACAGCGACACGGAGCAGCAGCAGCAGCAGACCGUGUACGUUACCUGGACCGAGAUGCAGACAUUCCUCCAAGAAAGCAGGAAGGCCGUCCGCUUAGGUAUCGCACUGCCUGCUGAUCCUGAGAUGGCCGUGACCGUGCCCCACCAGGUCCGGGCUGAGAUCAUGGACGUCCUGUUCGAACGCGUCCGAGUCUACGGCGAAGGCACGGAGAACAUCCUGCUCGGGUUUGAGUAA